GGUUGCUAUUGUCAAAGACAUAAGGGAAUCAAUGCUUGAAGAAGUUAACUUUAAUAAGGAGGCUACAAACAUUGAAUCCUUUAGGAGAUAUUUAGAAGCCAUGGGACUCACAAGGCAGGCUACAGCUCCAAAAGUGUAUCUGCAGUGCAGCAGCCGACGAGUUCUGACAAUGGAGAGGCUUUAUGGAGUUCCUCUUACUGACUUGGACUCCAUCAGUGCAAUUGUUUCAAGUCCAGAGACAAGUCUUAUCACUGCUUUAAAUGUGUGGUUUGGUAGUUUGCUUGCCUGUGAAACCUUCCAUGCAGAUGUACACGCAGGGAAUUUGUGGCUGUUGCGUGAUGGUCGUAUAGGAUUUCUGGACUUUGGUAUUGUUGGACGCAUAUCCCCCAAAACAUGGGCCGCCAUGGAAGUAUUUUUGGCAUCAAUUGCAACAGAAGAGUAUGAGUCAAUGGCAUCUGCAUUAAUUGAAAUGGGGGCUACAGACAAGGAUGUGGAUUCUAAGGCCUUUGCAAGAGAUUUAGAGAAGAUAUUUUCAUCAAUACUGGAUAUGGAUACAGAGCUCAUUGUUGCGACAGCCAGAGGAACAAAUACAAAUGCAACCGCCGUCUCUGCCAAUCUAGUUGUUGAUGAGAGGCAGAUGAAUGCACUAUUUCUUGACGUGGUUCGGGUUAGCGAAUCAUAUGGGCUGAGGUUUCCACGGGAAUUCGCACUCCUCAUGAAACAGCUGCUUUAUUUUGAUCGAUAUACGCGAUUGUUAGCUCCCAAUUUGAACAUGCUGCAGGAUCAGAGGAUCACUCUUGUCUCAAACCGAAACAGUAGCAGUAGAAACAUAUACCAAUGAGGGUUGCAGCUGAUGAGCUGUAGUUUUCGUUUUUCCUUCUUGCCCUGUUGUAAAUAUUACCGAAAGAAUUACACCCUGUGACGCCCCUUUGGGACAGCAUGAUGCUUUGCACAUGCCAUAGAGACGAAAUCUACUAUGGAAAUGUUUGAGCGUCAAUGCUAAAUUUCUGUUAAUUUUCUCGAAUACAAUCACUUGGUCAAUUUUUUCCUUACUGAAUUGGUAGACUUAAAAAUGCAAGUUUAUGUAAUUUAUCAUAG